GGAAAAGCCUCCCCACGAGCAGCAGCCACUUCGGCUCGGUUUUGAAACGGAUUAAAGUAGGCCUGCGCACCAGCAAAGGUUGCCUUCAUCAUCGUCCAGCGUUGUCGAUUUAAGUCACACCAGCGAAGCGGUCGCCUUAUUUCUCUGUUACGCCGUUAGCUUCAGCGUAAAAGAACAAUAAAACAAGAAGAAGAAGAGAGGGCGAGAGAGUCAUGCAACGUGAUGAUGGUGCCGCGCCCAUUGUUGCCACAGCGGGGUUGCUGCUGGAGACAUCGCUGGGGUCGUUGGUGAUCGACAUCAUCGGCGCGGACUGCCCGGCCCUCUCCGCCAACUUCCUUAAUUUGUGCCGCGCGGAGUUCUGGAACGGCGCGGUGGCGACGGAGGUCGUGCCGGACGUGGCCAUCUUUUUCUCCUUGACAGCGGAUCCGGUGUAUUACGAUCAUCUUCGAAGUGCGCUCGAGCACCCCCGCCCUCCCAGCUCCGCCGCCCACAACGCACCAUCUGGUGGAGCAAGGCGUCUUGUGCAGAGCUUCUGGUCUUUACUGCCGCGGCAAGCUGCGGACCCGACGGCAGUACAGUGCGAUCCAACGUCUUCCCUCGCCAGUGUACGGCAGACGCUUCCCGGGACGGCGGCGCGCUCGGCUACCGCUUCUGCUUCUUCUGUCAACGACCCUGUGGAACAGCAGGACGACGCCCUCCAGCUCGCCAUCCAACACGAAGUUCGACUGUGCAAGCGGCGCCGCUGCGUCGGUCUCUCGCUGAGCCACGCCGGCAACAAGAAGAACGAGAAUAAUAGUGCGCACCACGCAGAUGUGUAUCAGCCGCUCUUCGCCGCCGCCGCCUCCAGCGGUGCUACGUCGCCCUGUGCGGUGUGCGGCGCAGGUCGAUUGCUCAUCGACAUCACCGCCCCCACCCUUCGCUUCGGGCUGACGCUGACAAACCGAACGAUGGACUUCUUAGAUAGCCAGUACGUCGUGAUUGGUCACGUGAGGGAAGGCGAGGCCGUCCUGCAGCGUAUGCGACGGACUCCCUUGAGCACCGGAGUAGCGACUACGACGUCUCACGCUCCGCCCAGCACCGCAUCUGCAGCGGGAGUGUCGACCACCCAGGAGGCCGACGGCGACGACGCUGUGGUGGUGGUGGCCGGCCGGCCCGCCGCUGCGUGGCCGCGCCCCGUGCGUAUCGUACGCAUCAAGCGAGCUCGUGUGCUGCCCACCGCCGGCACCGAUAGGUACAUUUCCUCUCCCUCGGCGGCGUGGUCAGGGCUGUCCGCUGCGGGGAAUGCGGCGGGUACAGCGGCCGAGACGCAUCAGCGGCGGCAGCGUGUGGGUCAGGCGCUGCAGCAGGCGGGGUGCUUUGCCUACUGGGCAUCCGCAGCGGCGGUGCGUGCGGCGCAUCGGCGGCUUGUCGGGAUCGUGCAGGCGUGCCUGGCGCAGGAGGGGUACUCGGCCGCCACACGGCCCACGACAGUCGCGGCGGCGACGGCGCUGCUGCGGAGCGACAGCAGCGGCUCUGCAGGCGGCCCACGUUCCUCCUCCCCCUCAAAGCCGUUCGUGGUUCUGCAGCGCAGCAAUUCUGUCUCGGUGAAGACUCCGCUCGACGCCAACGAUGAGGCGGACUCGCUCGAGCUGACCUACAACCCGCACUACGCCGGCGCGUACCUCAGCUCCGAGGAGGAGGAUGACGUAUAUGACGAUACUCUCCGUGGGACCAACGCACCCUUCGCCAACACGCGCAGCCUCUCCGCGAAGCAGCUGGAAGAGCGCCGCCGGCUCUUCAUGCAGCAGCACCAAGAGAAGGCGAACGAGACGUUGUCGCUGAUGCUGAACGUGCUGAACGGUGUGGCCGACCCACGGGGUGAUAUGCGGCCCCCCGAGAACGUCCUCUUCGUGUGCAAGCUAAACCCGGUCACCACGGGGGAGGGACUUGAGAUGUGCUUCGCCCAGUUCGGCCGGGUCGUGUCUGCUGAGGUGAUCUACGAUGCCACAACGAAGCAGUCUCUGUGCUACGGCUUUGUGGAGUUCGAGACGGUGGAAGCGUGCUUUCGGGCGUUUCAGAAGAUGGAGAAGGCUCUCAUUGACGACUGCCGCAUCCACGUGGAUUUCUCGCAGUCGGUGUCGAAGCUGUGGGCGCAGCGGCAGCGUGAGCUGCGCAAACGUCCUCGACCGGAGGAACGUUAG